AUGAGUGAUACAGAGAAGGAUAAGGAUGUCCCCAUGGUAGACUCGUACGAGGCGACCGAAGAGCCACCUACUACGACCACCAACACGCCAUCUUUUCCUCACUUACUACAAGAACAGGCAAAGGAGGAAUCUGCCACCUUAGGAGCAGAAGUGGCUCAUAAGAAGAUCAACUACGAGCAAGAAGCACAGAAACUGGAAGAAAAGGCCCUAAGGUUUUUGGCAAAGCAAACACACCCAGUGAUUAUUCCGUCGUUUGCCUCUUGGUUUGAUAUUUCGAAGAUACAUGAAAUUGAAAAAAGAUCGAACCCGGACUUCUUCAAUGAUUCAUCAAGGUUCAAGACGCCCAAGGCAUACAAGGACACGAGAAAUUUCAUCAUUAACACGUACCGUCUUUCACCAUACGAAUAUUUGACUAUAACCGCUGUAAGAAGAAAUGUGGCCAUGGAUGUUGCAUCGAUAGUGAAGAUUCACGCCUUUUUGGAAAAAUGGGGGUUGAUUAAUUACCAGAUUGACCCCAGAACCAAGCCCAGUCUUAUUGGGCCAAGUUUUACUGGUCACUUCCAGGUGGUACUGGACACACCGCAAGGUUUGAAGCCAUUUUUACCGGAGAAUGUGAUCAAACAGGAAACAGAAGAGGAAGAAGGUGCAGAACCGCAUGUCAAAAAGGAAUUUCCUAUUAAUCUAUCGAUCAAAAGGAACGUUUACGAUUCCGCGCAAGACUUCAAUGCAUUACAAGAUGAAAGCAAGAACUCCAGACAGAUUCAUAAGGUUUAUAUUUGCCAUACAUGUGGUAAUGAGUCGAUCAAUGUGCGCUAUCACAAUCUGCGUGCACGGGACACCAACCUCUGCUCCCGGUGUUUCCAAGAGGGUCAUUUCGGUGCCAACUUCCAAUCUUCGGAUUUUAUUAGGCUAGAAAACAACGGAAAUACAGUUAAAAAAAACUGGUCAGACCAGGAAAUGCUUUUGUUGUUAGAGGGUAUUGAAAUGUAUGAAGACCAGUGGGAAAAGAUUUCAGCCCAUGUCGGUGGACAUAAGCGUGUGGAAGACUGCAUUGAGAAGUUUUUAAGCUUACCAAUUGAAGACAAAUAUAUUCACGAAGUAGUUGGUUCACAACUUAAUGGUAAGGGCGGUAAUAGUCAUGAUGGCAAUGCAUCUGGCGCCAAGUUGAUGCAAUGUGUGAACGACGCUGUGCAGGCGUUAUUGCAAGGCGAUGACAGAUUGGGUAAGGUCUCUGACAAGUCGAGGGAGAUCUCAGAAAAGUACAUUGAAGAGAGCCAAGUGAUAAUCCAAGAGUUAGUCAAGUUGACGAUGGACAAAUUAGAGAGCAAAUUCACAAAAUUGUGUGAUCUGGAAACGCAACUAGAAAUGGAAAAACUGAAAUAUGUGAAAGAAUCCGAGAAAAUGCUGAACGACCGAUUAUCGCUGAGCAAGCAAAUUCUUGACCUGAACAAGUCGCUGGAGGAGUUGAACGUGUCGAAGAAACUAGUGCUGAUUUCAGAGCAAGUAGACUCGGGCAUACAACUAGUGGAGAAGGACCAAGAGGGCAGUCAAGAAGAUGGUACUUCGGUCACGGGCCAUGGUGUGAAGCGUGUGGGCAAGGAAGACGAAGAGGCGGGUGAAGACGAUUCUAUUGCACAAUCCCAGCCUCAGGUGUACAAACCGUGGUCAUUGUAA